AUGAGAAUUACAUUUAUUUGUAUUGAUGGUCAUGGACAUGUUAAUUCAUGCAUUGGGUUGGCUCAAAAAUUGGCAAAAUAUGGAAACAUUUGUUCAUUUAUUGUUCCCUUCAAUUGUCUUUCAAUCGUACUUGAAUAUGGAUUCCAGGUUUUGACCGUUUUUGCAAUAGCUUAUGAUGUAGAUCCACAAGCAAAGUUGAAUCAGUUUAUGGAGCAAAGGUCGGAAGCUUUUGAACUAGGACCCAUUGAACAGUUUGAAAAGAUACGAAUCCCUAGGAUGAAAAUGUGCCUCGAAUUCAUCAGACAAACAAAUGACCAAUACGGACAACACAUCAAAACAUUAUCUCCUGAUUGCAUUAUAUACUUUUCCUGGAUGACAAUACCAGCCAUAGUUAAAUCUGGUAUUCCUUACAUCCUUUUAUACACUUGUAAUCCUUUGUUAAUCUAUGGUAAUUCAAGAGCUCCUCCAUACUCAUCUGGAUUAUCAGAUAAAGACAGUCAAACGCUAUUUGCAAAGCAACGAUCAAGUUUCAAGUUGGCAUUGGCAGACCUAACUCAACAAUUGGACUGGUAUCUAGCAUCUGAAGGAAUCAAUCCAUUCUUAGAAAAAAGAAUAGACUUCAUGCCGUUGAGUAAAUCACCUUAUCUUAAUCUUUAUAUUUAUCCAGAAACCAUUGAUUACAAAGAGUUUAAUUUGCCAGCUAAAUGGUUCCGAGUUGAACACUGCUUAAGGACGACCCCGCCACUAAGCGACACUGAACAUCUUAUUCCUGAAAAAUACGAAAAACUGAUUUUUGUGACCUUAGGAUCGCAGGUUUCCAAUACUAGCUUCCUAACCAAAUUAAUAACAAUAUUAUCUAAAUCAAAGUAUCAUUUCAUAGUCACUUUGGGAAGUAUAGCCGCUGAUUUAAUCCAAUUACCUAAGAAUGUGGUUGGCAGAAAAUAUGUCAAUCAACUGUCAAUUUUACCCAAAGUUGAUUUAGUUAUUCAUCAUGGAGGUAACAAUACAUUCAUUGAGAGUCUUUAUUUCGGAAAACCGUCUAUAAUUUUCCCCAUGUUUGGCGAUCAACAUGAUAAUGGCCGUCGAGCUGUGGAUAUGGGAAUCGGGAAAUGUAUUUCACCCACUAAUUUGAAUGAAAAAUUGUUAUUGGACAUGAUUGAUGAAACCAUCUCCGAUGAAAAAAUGCAGCAAAAAGUUAGUGAAAUAAGUUUGAGUUUGCAGCAAACUCAAUCACACGAACGAUUAAACAAAAUUUUGAUUUCAAUUGUUGAAUUGAGUAAAAAUCUGGUAGGAAUACCAGACCAACUGGUAAACCAACUGGUAGCAACAUGGAACAAUUAA